AUGUUUAUCAACAAAAAAAAUAAUAAUGGUGACAAACGAAUUGCCAUCAAUGAUAAUUCAACAAUUGAUUUUGAUAAUGAUGAUGAUAAUCAUAUUGUCCAUUCUCAUUCAAAUUGUUUCAAAUCAAUUCGUUCAUUUUUAAUCAAAUUAUUUCCCAUUUUUGGCUGGUUACCAUAUUGUUUUCCAACCAUUUUGAAUGAUAUUUUGGCCGGAAUCUAUAUCGGUCUUUAUCAGAUUCCACAAUGCAUUGCAUAUUCAAUUAUAGCUGAAUAUCCAUUAUCACAUACGAUACAUACAAAUGUGAUUGCAUCGAUUUUAUAUGCAUUAAUCGGUGGUAAUCGUCGUUUUUCUUAUGGAAUUUUUUCAUUAGUAUCAGCCAUUUAUAUCGGUAUUAUAUUAGAACGAAUCAAAGAUAUUGAUGAUACAGCCGAAAAUGUUAUUAUUGUUGUGACAUUUUCAAUUGGUAUUUGUUGUUUAUUGGCUGGUCUAUUAAGAAUUGGAUCUAUGGUUCGUUUUAUUCCGUAUGAAAUUUUAAGUGGUUUUCGUGCUGGCCUAUACCUGUUAUUAAUUACAUUGCAAAUCUGUUCAAUGGCUGGUUAUUAUAGUAAAGAUUGUACAUUAGGCAAUGGAAAAUCAUUGAUGAUUAUGCCCGAUCUAUAUCGAAAUAAAUUCUAUACAAAUCUAACAACCAAACAUAUUAAUUGGAAUAGUUGGAUUGUAUCGAUCGGUUGUAUAGCAUUGUUAACAUUAUUUCGUUUAUUUCAUUAUUAUUGGAAUAAUAUAUUCAAUUAUCGAUUGAAUUGGUUACGACAAAUUGUUCGUCGUAUACCGAUUGAAUUUAUAUUGAUCGCAAUCGGUAUUAUUGUUGCAAAUUUUGUUGAUGUAAAGAAAUAUAAAAUUUAUACAAUCGAUGGAAUCAAUUUUGGUAAUGAAAGUCUAAUCGAUAUGUCCAACCAUUUACAAUUGAAAUGGCCACCAAUUCAACAUUAUUUGUAUCAUAUAUGGUUCGAAUUGAUUACAGCAACAUUAUUAUUUUUAAUCUAUAUGCAUUCAUUAGCAUUAGAUUUUCUUAUUCAAGAUACUGAAGAAAUUUAUCAACCAAAAUUUACUAAACGAAAACAUCGAUUAAAUCCAAAACAAAUGAAAUUUUAUCGUUUAGGUUGGAAAACCUAUAAUAUGAACAAUGAAUUAUUAUACAAAGGUUUUAUCGAUUUAAUUGGAUCAUUUAUUAAAUGUUUGCCAAGUGGUCCAUCAAAAAUACGUAGUGAUCGUAUGCGUAAUGUUGGUGCCUGUACACAGAUUUCUAGUCUGAUUGCAAGUGCUGUCAUAUUGGCCAUUUGGUUAACAACAGAAAAAUAUUUUGCAAAAAUACCAAAAUGUAUUGUAGCCAGUAUUGUUACAUUUGAUACAUUUGUUGCAUUGAUCAAAGAAUUUAUUAAUGUUAAAAAUUUUUGGAAAACAUCAAUUUUUGAUAUUAUAAUAUGGAUUUUAACAUUUAUAUCAUUUAUAAUGUUGACUAUUGAACAAUCAUUAUAUUUUUCACUUGGUCUUUCAUUAAUUGUUUAUUGUUUACGAUAUCAAAAUUUUGAAUCAUUCCGAUUUUCGCUUCAAAAAGCAUUAAUAACCACAACAAAUAUGGUUGUACUUGUACCAAGAGAUUUUCUUUAUUCAAAAUUUAAUGAUCUUCAUCAUCAUCACCAUCAUCAUGAUGAAGAUCAUAAUGCUGAUGAUAAUGAAUGUAAUAUAUUGAAAACGAUACCAUCAUCAACAUUAAAAACGAUAAAUAUUUUUCGUAUUGAUCAACGAAUAAUGACCAUUGCAAAUAUCGAUAGUUUUGUACGUGAUGUAUGUCGAAAAGUUUCCGAUUCAAUGAUAAUAGAAUCUAAUAUGAAUAUGAGAAAAAGAUUAAUAUUUGAUUGUCGAUCGAUUUCAUAUCUUGAUUGGCCAAGUAUACGUGCUGUAAAAGGAACAAUAAUGAGAAUAAUACAGGUUAGUGAAUCAUGGCAACAAUCAGCCAUGGCCACCACUACGACCAAAUCAUCAUCAUCAUUUAAUGUGAUUAAUGAUUCAACAAUAGAAAAUGAUCGAAAACAAUUGAAAAAAGAACAAUAUUCAUUGGUUGCAAUGUUUAUAUUUCGUACACAAUUAGUACAAAUUAUACAUAAUGCUGGUGAAUUUAGUAUACAUUUUUAUCAUUCAUUACAUCAAUCAUUACAUAUUGGAUUGAAAGCAGCUAUCAAUAUGGCCAUUACUAUUCCAACAAUAACAAAUUCAGAUCGUUAUGAUACAUUGGAAACAAUCAAACAUUUACGAAUUAAUUCAUUAACUGAUGAGGAAAAAAUACCAACAACAAUUAUCACUAAUAAUAAUAAUAAUAAUAAUCAAUCAACAGCCAGUAACAAUAAUAAAAAACAAAAUAGAAAAGAAGAAUCGAAAGAGAAAAAAUUGAAAAAUCUAUUCAAUAAACGUGUUGUUGAAUUGGAAAUGCAAUCGGUUAAUGAAAAUGUUUCGAAAAUAAACAAUGAUGAUCGAUCUAAACAACAAUUUGACAAUAACAAUAAAAACAACAACAAUGAUAAUUCAACCGUACUUCCCAUAUCGUUUCGACAACAAAAUUCUAUUGAUCAAUCUGAACAAUCGUCAUCAUCAUCAUCAUCAUCAAUUCCACCAAGAUUUCAAAUAAUCAAUCAACAAUCUUUGGAGAAAAAUUAUGAACUAAAAGAUGAUGAUAAUAGUCAAUCGAAACAAACACCAAAAGCAAAUGAAUCUAUUGUUCAUAAUAAAUUAUCAAAAUCAAUUAUUCCGUCAUUAGCACCACCACCACCACCACCGCCUCCACCAGAACCAAAAUUUACCUAUAUUCAACCAGGUAAUUGGAAAAAACCAAACAAAGAAACAAAUCAACAAUCAAAUAAUGAUGAAAUAAACAAUCAACCAAUUGAAGAAGAAUCUACAUCAUCAUUAUCAAUGUCAGAUUUUAAAAAACAUUUGGAAAAUUUAUUCAAAUGA